UCCCACUCCAGAAGUGUCCCUUGUUCAUUCCCUCUUGUUUGCAUCAUCAAUAAUUUUAACUAGUAUUAACUACCUCCAAUUUUUUUGAGUUAUUUAAUAUUGAAAGGGUGCUGAUGAAAGCAGCAAAAGGUGGUUGUCUAUUCCAACACUUCAUGUUUUCUUGAAGUUUUCUUCCUUAGAAUAUUUGAUAGAAAGACUCUAUCCAAAGUUCCUAGACAUAUAUCCUUGCUGUUCUGUUCCAUCUUUUUGUUGAAAUAUAUAAAGAAUGAGAAUAUGUGAUGAAUGACGGUUGGUGGCCUCCUUGUGGCAAUAUAUUUUAAUUUUAUGUUUUGAGACUUAAUCCAUUCUAACCGUUGAAAAUUACAUGCAAAAGUCAUUGACUAAGUAAAAGGUAUUAGUUAAUAGAUAGCCUUAGCCAUCUCAAGGACGCGUUUGGUCUUGCCAUCUUUUGUUGAUUCAGAUUUGUCAUACUAUCAAGGCUUUGAUUUCUCAUUAAAAGAUUAUUGCUAUAGAUUAUUGAUCCACUUUGAUUAUUUAGUGAUCAUUGCUCCCAUCCAAAAGUUUCAUUGUUUCAUUUCUGAUCCAACAUAAGAAAAUAUUGAGUAAUAAUGGACCAACAACAUAAAGUGAUUCCUCUGCUGCUGCUUCUUUUCCAAGUUCUGCUUGUAGCAUCUCAGACAGAUAGUCAAGAUUAUUCUGGCCUAAAUUCUCUUACGGAAUCCUGGAGUAACAAGCCACAAAAUUGGGUGGGUCCAGAUCCUUGUGGCAGUGGAUGGGAUGGAAUUCGUUGCAGCAAUUCAAAAAUUACCCAAUUGAGACUACCAGGCUUGAAUUUGGCAGGACAACUGUCUUCGGCAAUUCAGUCUUUAUCCGAACUAGAUACUUUGGAUCUUUCUUACAACACAGGCUUGACAGGAACAAUUCCACAAGAAAUUGGGAACUUGAAAAAGCUAAAAUCCCUAUCAUUGGUUGGUUGUGGUUUCUCUGGUCCUAUUCCGGAUUCAAUAGGGUCUUUAAAGCAGCUGACAUUUCUAGCACUUAAUUCUAAUAGGUUCAGUGGAACUAUACCACGCUCUCUUGGCAAUCUAUCAAAUAUUGAUUGGCUUGAUCUUGCUGAAAACCAGCUUGAAGGGACUAUUCCUGUCUCUGAUGACCAAGGAAGACCAGGCCUUGACCUUCUCCUUAAGGCACAACACUUUCAUAUGGGGAGCAAUAAGCUCACUGGUACAAUACCAGAAGAACUCUUUAACUCCAGUAUGCAUCUAAAACACCUGCUUUUCGACCACAAUCAACUAGAGGGUGGUAUUCCUGUCUCCCUUAGUACUGUGAGCACAUUGGAAGUAGUGCGCUUUGAUAAGAAUGCAUUAACUGGGGGAGUGCCUGCAAACUUAAGCAAACUCGGAAAUCUAAGUGAGAUCUAUUUAUCUCACAAUAACCUGAAUGGAUUUCUGCCCGAUUUUACUGGAAUGAAUAGUCUCACCUAUGUGGACCUGAGUGACAAUGAUUUGAAUGCUUCUAAUAUUCCUUCAUGGGUUACAACUCUGCCAGGACUGACAACGGUGAUACUUGGGCAGAACCUGCUCGGUGGCACAUUAAAUCUUAGUGGCUACAGCAACAGUCUGCAACUCAUUAAUUUGGAGGAUAAUGAAAUAACAGAACUUGAUCCACAAAACAACCUACCAAAUUUUGAGCUAAGACUAGCUAACAAUCCACUUUGUCGUGAAAGUGGAGCUUCUGAAAAGAGUUACUGCAAAGUUCCAGUACCCAAUCCUUCAUUUUAUUCAACACCACCAAACAAUUGUUCACCUUCAUCUUGCGGUUCAGAUCAGGUUUCAAGUCCAAAUUGUAAUUGUGCAUUUCCCUAUUCUGGACUUCUCAUUUCAAGAGCUCUUAGUUUCUCAAACUUUAGCAAUGUAAGUUACUAUCGGGAGCUUGAGCAGUCUCUGAUGGAUACUUUUCGCAACCAAAGCAUUCCAGUGGAUUCAGUUUCUCUUAGUAACCCCUUCAGGAAUACUACUUCUGAUAAUUUUGAAUUGACUCUUGAUGUCUUCCCUUCGCAAACCGAUCGUUUCAACACAACUGGAGUUUUAACUAUUGCUUUUCUGUUAAGCAAUCAAAUUUACAAACCCCCAGAGUUCUUCUCCCCUUACUUCUUCAAGGGUGCUAGUUAUGAAUACUAUGGAGGAGAACCAAAAGGAUCAAAGUCAUCAUCACAUGUAGGGGUUAUAGUUGGUGCAGUAGUUGCUGUUGUGGUCUUUGUUGUACUGGCAUUCUUUGCAGGGAGGUAUGCCCUUCGCCAGAAAACAAGAGCAAGAAGAUCUUCAGAGUUGAACCCUUUUGCAAAUUGGGAACAGAAUACGAAUAGUGGCACUGCUCCUCAGUUGAAAGGAGCGCGAUGGUUUUCUUUUGAUGACCUAAGGAAAUACAGCACCAACUUCUCAGAAACCAAUACUAUUGGAUCUGGAGGCUAUGGAAAGGUUUAUCAAGGAACUCUUCCCUCUGGGGAGUUGGUCGCCAUCAAACGGGCUGCAAAAGAGUCUAUGCAGGGUGCCGUUGAGUUUAAAACCGAGAUCGAACUUCUAUCAAGGGUCCAUCAUAAGAAUCUCGUUGGUCUUGUUGGUUUCUGUUUUGAGAAGGGUGAACAAAUGCUGGUGUAUGAGCACAUUCCAAAUGGCACUUUGAUGGAUAGUCUCUCGGGAAAGUCUGGAAUCUGGAUGGAUUGGAUAAGGAGGCUUAAAGUAGCAUUAGGUGCAGCCAGGGGUCUGGCCUAUCUUCAUGAACUUGCUGACCCACCUAUCAUACACAGGGACAUCAAGUCAAGCAAUAUCCUACUUGAUCAUCACCUCAAUGCAAAAGUUGCAGAUUUUGGUCUCUCUAAACUUCUUGUUGAUAGUGAAAGGGGCCAUGUCACUACUCAAGUGAAAGGGACAAUGGGAUACUUGGAUCCUGAAUAUUACAUGACCCAGCAGUUGACUGAAAAGAGUGAUGUAUAUAGCUAUGGAGUGCUAAUGCUGGAACUAGCAACAGCAAGAAGGCCAAUAGAGCAAGGAAAGUAUAUUGUAAGAGAGGUACUGAGGGUAAUGGACACAUCAAAAGAUUUAUACAACCUUCAUUCCAUUCUAGAUCCAACCAUAAUGAAAGCAACAAGACCAAAAGGUUUAGAGAAGUUUGUGAUGUUGGCAAUGAGGUGUGUCAAAGAAUAUGCAGCAGAGAGGCCUACAAUGGCUGAGGUUGUAAAAGAGAUCGAGAGCAUAAUUGAGCUAGUUGGAUUGAACCCCAAUUCUGAAUCAGCUACAACAUCAGAAACUUACGAGGAAGCAAAUGCAGGAAAUGCUCAACAUCCUUACAGGGAAGAAGAUUUUAGCUAUAGUGGAAUUUUUCCAUCAACAAGGGUAGAACCCCAAUAGGCUUUGGUAUAUUUUUUUCUUUUUGUAAUUCUUUUCCCCUCUUCAAAUGCAAUGUCUAAGAUCUGCUGUGUCAAUUUUGGAUUCAAAUCAGGCGGGUGCUUCCAAAAAAACUUGCUAUCUUUGUAGAAAAUGGUGAAGGUUCAAGUUGAAUUUUUUAAAAAUUGAUUAUUUGAAGGUUGUACUUAUAUCUUUGUUCUUCACAUGUAAAAUAGUUUGUGAAUUUUGAACUGCUGUAAUAUUCGAAUGAAUGUAAGUAUGAUAUUCAACUUUGAAUUUUCCAAACAAAA